CUAUUUUCUCCCUCUCUUGCCUUUGAGGCUGGGUGAACCACAGAGGCGCGCCGUCGGAGUGCUAGAGCGGCACCCCCGCUCGGAAGUUUCUGAUUGGCUCCCCAGCGCCGGUUGAAGGUUGGAGCCAAGAUGGCCGUGGCUGAGGUGCAGCAGCUGCAAAACCGUCUUGAUGCCUUGGAAGAGCGGAUGUUUGGGGCCCCCGCCGGAGCCGCGUCCGCGGGAGCCCCCCGGAAAAUAGCAGAUGGCUUAAGCAAAGUUCAAGGCUCCUUGGGAAACAUCGCAAGCAAAAGAGAGAGAGUUAAAAUUCUUUUCAAAAAAAUCGAAGACAUCCUGAAAUACCUGGAUCCCCAGUACAUUGACCGAAUGGCCAUGCCAGAUGCCAUGAAACUGCAGUUCAUAUUGGCAGAAGAACAGUCCAUCAUGACGCAGGCAGCACUUCUGGAGCAGGUGAAGAGCCUGCAGCCCUAUUUGGACAGCGCACAUAUCAAAGCUUCUCCUGAUCACGCCACCAAACUCCAGCGACUUUCACAAAUACACCUUCAGCAGCAGGAUCAGUGUGAAGCUGUGACCGAGACCAUCCGGUUACUUCUGGAAGAUUACAACAAAAUGACCCUCCUCCUUUCCAAACAGUUUGUCCAGUGGGAUGAGAUGCUGACCCAGCUGGAAGCUGCCAAGCAGGUGAAGCCCACACCUGAGUGAAGAUCAGGCUUUGGAGUCCUUCCGUCGGGCUCCGGGCGGAUCUCCUGCGUCAGAUCCCAGAUCUCCAUGUUAACAGCUCUGGCCUAGGAACCCGUUAGCGCCCCUGAGCUUCCUCCGGUAUCGCGGCAUCCAAGGGUAUCCAAUCUUGGCAGCUUUAGGCUCUUGUGGACUUCAACUCCCAGAAUUCCCCAGGCUGAGGAGUUCUGGGAGUUGAAGUUCACAAGUCUUAAAGACACCCAGGUGAUGUCAAUCUGGAAGCCACGUCCUGACCCUUUGGAGCUAAAUUAUAUCAUCUUUAAUUUAUUUUUAGUCUUCAUUCAGCCAAUUCGUGGGGAACGCACGACUUGUUCCAAAUACCUGUUAUUGUGGACCACAAUAAAAUCCUCAUGAAUCCUCAA